AUGGCAAAUGCUGUAGAAGAUGCAGAGACACCCCAUAUCUCAUCUCUCAUACAACGAAAAAUGCAACAGAAGAUCAUGCAACUCGGAAAGCGACUGGUCUCCGACGAUUCAAAUCGCUCUUCGUUGAAUACGAUUUCCGUCCCAAAAACCAUAGGGGAUAGAUUAAAAUCUACGCCAGCCAAACAUGACUCACCGGUUGAUAGUCAAAAAAAUACUCUCCUAUUGUCUCAUGAUAUUCAAGAUAUGGUGAAUGAUAGAGAUGAUGAUGAUGAUGUCAUCAUCAUUGAUAAUGUGCCUGAAGUUAUUGUUAUACCAUCUGAUGACGCACCUAACAAUGAUCUCCCUUGUGUCAUUGCUAAUAUUAAAUCCGAACCACUUGAAAAUGAAUUACAAACAUCUAAAACAAAACAUACUGUUACACCACAAAAUCGUUUUAAAUGUAAGACGAUGGUAACCCAAUUACCUAAAGUCACAAAAGACGUAUUUAAAUGCCGAUCAGAUGGCAACAAAAUUAAUGAUGAUAAAGUAUUAAGUAUUGAAGAAAUUAAAAGGGAACCGGAAUUAAAAGGCAAUAGUGAAAUGAAUGUCUCCAUGGAAUCUACAUUUGGAAUUAUAAAUACACAAAGUAUGACGACAAAUAAUGUUAAUACAAUUAAUAAUAUAAAAAAGUUGAUACCUAAAACUAAACAGACUCUGCUAACCGACGUUUCACGAAAUUUGGAAUCAGAUGUGAAAAUCGAGGUUAUAAAAAGUGAGGAAGAGAAACUAAUGAGAGAAGACCUAAGUGAUAUACAAUUGAAUAAACAGAAACGAGAAGAAGGUAGACCGGCGGAUAUGUCCAAUAAUUUAGAACAAAUUACUCCAAAAGAAUCAGAAGUAUCAGAACCGUUAAAGGCAGAAACAAUUGUAGAGACGGUUGUCGAAGUCGAUAUCCCAUGGGAUGCUGUUUUAAUAAAGGAAGAAUCGGAUCCGGAAAUGGAUUUACAAAUUUCGGAUACCAGAAGGAUAUAUCAUGUUGAUGUUGUUAAUGUCGGUGAAAACAAAAUUGAUGUUAAGCAAGAAAUUAAUGAAUUUGAUUCAACUGGACUAAGCGAGAACUGGCACCAAGACAGCUUUCCUUUCUCGCAUUUCAUCACCAUCACACCGAAUGUAGCUUUAAAUACCGAUGAUGAAAGUAACCGAACACAGAGGAAGAAGGAAAUAUGCAAAGUAUGUUAUGCUGACGUCACGCGAGUUGAUUUCAUAAAGCACUGGGACACGCAUCUGGACCUAAAUAAUUUAAAUAGGCGCCUCAAAUCACCAGAGGUGUUAUUACCGCAACUGCCCCACGGGUUUCAGACAUUGGACCACGAUGACACACCAGAUAUUAAGAAAGCUUUAACGGAACCAUUACCACACCGAGAACGGAACACUCCGAAUGUUUUGGUGGCGGAUGAUGCAUUCCCACUUUCCGAAAAUAUAAUAAAACCAUACUCGUGCGAUUUAAAUCGAGGAUCUCCGAAAAGAGUUUGUAAUUAUAGAAUAUCUAGAGCACGGAGAGUAGUUGAAAACAAAAUCGGCCAAGAAAUGCAUUAUUUUAUGUCUCAACUUGGAAGUGUCCCAUGGCAAUCUGCUUAUUUGUAA